AUGUCUUCAACAGAUACAACAGACCGAUCUAUAGCACCCGAUCGGGAAGCUCUUAGUUUAAUGACAAAAUUAAAAUUAGAUCGAUUCAAAUUACGAAAAAUAAAAUUCGUAGAAGAGUAUACUCAAAUUAUGGCACGAAUUAAUGAUUCUACGAUGUCAUCUUUCGACAAAGUUCAACUUGUAAGCAAAAGUAUAGAAAAUUUAUUUGGUGAAGAUGGUAAAACACGAUAUUUAAAAAAUUUGGAAACUAUAUUAACUAUAUCUAAAGCAAAUACAUCAACAACAAAUGAUUUUCUUGAAAAUUUUUUUCAAAAUCUAAUGAAAACUAUUGAAGGUGGUAAACGCCGUUCAGAAUAUAAUUAUCUAUUUGGUUUAAUUAUGUCACAAUGGCUUUCAAAUCAACAAGAUGAGUUUACACCGAUAGAAGUAACAUCAAAUGAUGAAAGUUUAUUAACAAAUGAACAAUUAAAAGCAAUUAUUUUCAAUAAACCGCAAUUAGAUUUAGAUAAAUGGCGUUAUUUUCUUGAAAAUAAUCUUUUAUCAUCAUCAGUUGAUAAAAAUCUUAAAUCAAAAAAAGCUUUUGAAAAGUUAAAAUUAGCAACAGAAAAAUUUAGUAAAUCAUUAUUGAUGGAAAAGGUAUCAUCAGCGGAUGUACAACGAGCUAUUGAUGGAGUUAUUAACGGAGGUUCAUUAGAUGAUUAUCGCAAAAGACUUCUCAUGAAAAUGCGAUUAGAAAAAAAUACCGUAGAUGAAUUUGCUUCAUCAUUGAAUUUGAUGAUAGCUGAUUUAGCUGAAUGGAAUUGGCCUAUAGAAGGUGUUCGUGGUGUAUUUCGACGAAAUCUAGUUGGAAAAUAUCGAUGUUACUAUGAAGAAAAUUUUCUUACUGCUAUUUUUCUUGAACAUAUUGGCUUAAAAUGGAGUUAUCAUUUUAAGGAAGAAUUGGAAUUAAUCUUUGAUUUUUUAACUGAAAAAAUCCAAAAGAAUUGUUCAUCAAAUUCAAUUCAAGAUGAACGUAUUAAUAUGCAAAAAAAUGAAUAUUGGAUGAGUGCAUUACCAGAUGAAUCACAUCUUGAAUUUGGAAUGGCUUCAUAUGCAAAUGUAGAUUCAGGAAUAGCUUCAUAUGCAAAUAUAGAUUCAGUUGAUUUAAAAGCUAAAUUAUUGUAUUUAAUCAAUGUCGAAAUUCAAUUACAUCAAGUUUUACAUGCAGAUACAUCAUUUACUGUCGUAUCUGCUGAUCUAGAAUGGUUUGGACCAUCAAUUCCACAUGAAAUAAUACUAAUGUUUCUUGAGUUUUGUGGAGUAUCACAAAUUUGGUUAAAUUUUUUCGAUCGUUUUCUCAAACAACCAAUUUAUUAUAAACCCGGUGAAUCUAUUCGUCAACGUCAACGCGGUGUACCUAUUGCACAUUCGAUAUCUUUUUUAUUUUCGGAAUUAAUGCUAUCGGGUAUGGAUCUUUAUGUUUAUCAAAAUACUGGCAUUUUUAAUUAUCGUUUUCAUGAUGAUUUUUGGUUUUUUGAUUCUCAAUCAGAUAAAGUUACCCAAGCUUGGACAUUAAUGAACGAAUAUGCACAAAUAACUGGUUUAAAAUUUAACGACGAAAAAUGUGGUUCCGUACAAAUUCUACCAUCGAAUAUAAGUGAUCAAACUGAUACAUUAUUGCCACAUCGAAAUGUCAAAUGGGGUUUACUUACUUUACAAUCAACUGGUCGUUUUGUUAUUCAUCGAGAAACUAUUAUUCCAUUUCUUGAUGAAAUGAAAGUACGAUUAACAAAUGCAUUAACUAUUACUGAAUGGAUUAAUUUAUACAAUCAAUAUAUUGCAUUUUUCAUGCGUAAUUUUGGUAAAUGCGCUAAUAUUCUUGGAACAUAUCAUACUCAAUAA